CUAUAAGCAGGAAGUAGAACCGUUAUCUUGGAGUUUUUGAUAUAACAGUCUGAGCAAACGGAAGUGCAAGUCACGUGAUCCGGAAAAGCUAGUUACCAUGGUGCUAUGAAGCGCUGUGGUUGUGACAGAGACACAUACAGGGGUGUGCAGGGCACGCUGCGCCUCCGGGAUAGAGAAGUGCAAACUGCAGCAUCACUCCGGCCAGACAUCUAGUAUCACCUAUGUAAUCAUCUGUGGUGAGCGCCCAGCACCUUAAAAACAGCAUCACUUGAAGAUCCAACACCUAUACCAACAUCACUUCAAGACCCAGUAUUCCAAACUAGCUUAUCUUUAGGACCCAGAAGCCAAACCAGCGUUACUUGAGAACACAACACCCCAAAACUAGUACCCCAAACUCAGCUUCAUCAAAUCAGUAUUGCGACAGGACCCAACAUCAACGCAUGAACUUCCAGAAACAGCAUCAUUGAGCGACCCAUAAACUAUAAAUCAGCAUAAACCGGUGGGACCGUGGAAGCAAAGAACCCUGCAAAUCUGCAACAAGCAGUGGAUAGCACCUAGAAACUACUAUUGCCUAUAGAUUCAGUACCCCCAAAAUAGGAUUGUCUGGGGAUUACCUGGGAAUCUGGCUUUCCAGAAUACAGUAUUGUUUAGGGGACAUAGCAACCCUGUAGACAUUUCCUGGGAAACCCAGAAGCUAGCAUCACCUAGCGACCCAUCACCCCAGAAGCUAGCAUCACAUAGCGACCCAUCACCCCAGAAGCUAGCAUCACCUAGCGACCCAUCACCCCAGAAGCUAGCAUUACUUAGGUACCCAUCACCCCAGAAGCUAGCAUUACCUAGGAACCCAGCACCCUAAAAGCUAGCAUUACCUAGGAACCCAGCACCCCAAAACCUAGCAUCACUUGGGAAUCCAGCACCCCAGAAGCUAGAAUCAUUUGGAAAUCCAGCACCCCAGAAGCUAGUAUUACUUGGUAACCCAGAAGUUUGAAUCAUCUAGGAGCUCAGCACCCCAGAAGCUAGAAUUACUUGGGAACCCAGCUCCCCAGAAGCUAGAAUCAUCUGGGAACCCAGCACUCCAGAAGCUAGCAUCACCUGGGAAACCAGCAUUCCCAAAGCCAUCAAGACAUUUUUCUUUAGGAUCCUGGUGUUUUCAGUUCUGACAUAGACUUUCCAUCUUUUGACUGUGUGAAGUUCCAGAGAAUUUGGUACAAAUAUACCCACUUGUCAGUGACCUCAUCAUGGUGAAACUGUCAGCAAAGUGCAUAGUAGCUGGUGAUGCCACCGUGGGGAAGAGCACUCUAGUGCAGCUUUUCAAGACUGAUGGUAGCUUCUUCCAGAAAAAUUACAACAUGACGACCGUGGUGGAGGUUUCAAUGAAAACUGUGGUGAUUCCAGAUACUGGAGACAGUGUGGAGCUCUUUCUCUGUGACUCCCCCGGCAAAGACAUAUUUUAUGAGGCAACAGUGAAGAUGUGGGACCAACCCAACACUCUGUGUUUAGUGUUUGAUGUCACCAGUGAGACGUCCUUCAGUAACUGUGCUAAGUGGCUUCAGAGGGUGAAAUCCAAAUGUCCGAGCCCUCAGCUGCCAGGUAUAUUGGUGGGGAAUAAAACAGAUCUGGUCGGCCUGAGAGCAGUGGAGGAGACACAAGCUCAGGACUGGGCAGCAAGCCACGGGCUGGAGUAUUUUGAGACCUCAGCGAAAGAGCUGAAGAAUAUUGAUCAACCGUUCCAUGCGCUGGCAGAAAAUCUUCAUCACCUGUAUCAAGAAAAAGUGGAGAUUUUCAAGAGCCUCAUGUAGCGUUCUAGUCUCUAUGACCUUAUGUAUUUUUUAUAUUCUUGCACAACGCGCAUUUCAUUGGUGACCUAUUAAACCUAUUUUUUGUAAAUGUCUUGAUCCCUUGUAACUAAAACAGUAAAAACACACAAUGGUCUAUAUGAAUAAAGACUUAUUGAGGGAAAAUAAUAUGCCUUGCUAGAUCUGUGAGGUCCCAUACAAAAUACAUAAAGAAUAAAGCUCCACUGAAGAAUUAGAAUAUCA